GACGGUUUUUCAAAUGGCGCCCUUUUUGUUCCUUUUGACUUAAAUCGAAGGAUAAUAGCACCAACAGUGACGCUGAUGACCAAAAUAACACUACGAUGGCUGUGAUUAGCACUCUAGUCUUUCCACAAUUACGAAGCCGGUAUCUUAUGCCGAGGCUGUCUUCAUCGAGAAUCUCGACUUUGUCAUCUGCGACUGAAUUGCGCAUUUGGAACAUGGUCUCAUCAGGAUUUGUACAACACCCUCCAAACUUUUAAAUUUGUUCUAUACAGACAGCAAGUUAAAGAACGCGCAAGAAUGUACCCACAAUUUGAGCGCUGGGGAAUAAGGUGGCUUGCUGCACGGCACCCGGAAAAAAAAGCACUGCCAGUUUGUUCUAGAAAGUAAGUGAUCUGAUUCGACUUUGCCGACCUCAUAACAGAAAUCAUGACCCGAUUAAAAAAGGCUUCUAUUGUUCCCCAGGUGGUUGAUACGGCAGUUUCUGUCAAUCAGUUGCUACGAUAAUGACAAUGCUUUGCAUCGGAAACUGAACGACUGCAAAUUGUAAAUAAUAAAUUCUUCCUGAAGCGAAUUUGACAGACUCGUUUCCUUUUCACUCCCCAGUUCCUUGCCAAACCGAGACGUUCUCCCCUCCAGAGGAAACAGAUGAAGAGGAGAAUGAUCGUAAACCUGGCAAAGACGGAAGUUUAAAACAAGGGGGUUUAGUCAUCGACUGCAGCAAAUAUAGAGCUGACGAAAAAAGAUGAAGCUUGUCCUGCUGAUAAUGGUAACAAACUUUUGGCUAUGCUCUGCUUUUGAAGAAACAGACACAAGUACACUUUCCACAAGCUCGACCAUAACGUCAUCCAGUACGUCUAGCGAAACGUCCACACCUACGCUUUCUACCUCUACUUCUAUGAGCACCAGCAGCAGUAGUUGGGAUUGGGGCUGGGGCGAGGGAACCACGUCAUCGUUUAGUGUAUCAAGCACGGAGAUUAUGACGUCAUCUUCACCAUACAGUGAAUCGACGUCAACGAGCUCUUUAAGUAUCGAACUGAACCCUACAUCAACAUCUUCAGCAAGUUCUUCGAGCUCUUCAGAGGCAGUUGAUGCAAUAGAGAUGUUGUUUGCGUACUUAUAUCAGGCAUUAGAAAACGAUCGAGAAAUCGAUCAUCUCAAAAAACGAAAGAGGCGCGAAGCUGAGAAACCAGGCUUGGCUAAGAGAAGUGACCUGGCAUUCCAUGGAGAGAAGAAAAGGCGGUUGGGAAUCCGAAGGAAAGAUGACUUCGUUAAAAAGAUCUUGCGCCUCGCAAGGAAACGAGAAUGAUUGCUCUGCAUACUGUGGGAAAAUUAGUAUCGCUGACAAUUAUGCCAAUUAGAAACUUGUAAACUUUUUUUUAUCAACAAAUGUGUUUGGUUUGCUUUACGUACUAGUCUGAAGAUAAAUAAAGUAGGCUCGGCUGCUACGCACCGCAGAAUUACCCAUGUAUUGAUCUUCUUAUGGUUGUGAUUUAAAAAUAACUUGAGAAAACUCUUUAGAACACUGUGAAAG